CGGCCCCGGCAGGGAGGGGCGGGACUGUGGGAGCCCGGACCGCCCCUGUCCUCAUCAGCCGCGGCCUCCGCCCCCCUCGCUUCAGUCGCCAUGAGCGGAUCCAGCAGGGCCCUGGGGGGCUUCGGCCUCCUCCCGCCGCUGCCCCAGUCCCGGGCCGCCUGGCUCGGCGCCGCCGGCGCGCUGGCCCUGGCCGCCCUGCUGGGGGCCGCGGUGUGGCGCUGGGCCGGGCGGCGGGCGGGCAGCGCCCGGCUGCAGCGGGUGGGGACGGUGUCCGGCCUCUUCCUCUACCCGGUGAAGUCCUGCCGGGGGAUGGCCCUGCAGCGGGCCGAGGUGACGGCGCUGGGGCUGCGCAGCGGGGAGAUGCGGGACAGGUUUUGGCUUCUGAUUAAAGAGGAUGGACAUAUGGUUACUGCCCGACAGGAGCCUCAGCUGGUCCUGGUAUCUGUAAACUGUGAAAAUGGCUAUUUAACGUUGAAUGCUCCAGAAAUGAAGGAACUGCGUGUUCCAGUCAAACUUUCCAGGAAGAAUGCAGUGCACAAUUGCAGGCUGUUUGGAUUGGAUAUUCAAGGCAGGGACUGUGGAGAUGAGGCAGCUCAGUGGUUCGCCACCUUCUUGAAUACACAGUCAUAUCGACUGGUGCACUUUGAGUCACAGAUGGUGCCUAGGAAAUCCAGAGACAUAUUCACCACUUUCCGAUCCACAGAUGAGAUUGCCUAUCCCGACUGCAGCCCAGCCAUGAUCAUCUCAGAAGCUUCAUUGGAAGAUCUAAAUACGAGGCUGGAGAAGAAAGUUACAAUACAGAACUUCAGACCAAAUAUUGUUGUUACGGGUUGCAGUGCUUUUGAGGAGGAUUCCUGGAAUAAGAUAAAAAUUGGUAAUGUGGAGAUGAAAGGGACAAUGGCUUGCCCCAGGUGUAUUUUAACAACCAUUGAUAUGGAAACUGGGAUCAUUGACAGAAAGGAGCCACUGGAAACACUGAAAAGUUACCGUUUGUGCGAUCCUUCUGAGCGACAUCUCUACAAAUCCCACCCUUUGUUUGGAUGGUAUUAUGGAAUUGAUAAAACUGGAACGCUUCAAGUUGGAGACCCUGUGUACAAGAUAGUCCAUUGAUGGAAGAUGCAUUUUGAGUGGAAAAUAAUUGUUCAUUUUUAUAUGCAAAUGUUUUUUUCUGUGAGCACAGAGCCUGAAAUAACUCCUUGAUGUUAUCUUGAGGUGUAAAGUAUACUGUCCUUGAUUGUCCACAGAUCCUGUGAGGUGCCAAAGUCGUCUUAAAUCAGUCAGUCCACUAAUGUGCCUUGAGCCCCUAAAUCUAAAACUAAAUCUUUAGUUUUCCAUUAGAGUGUAAACGGCAAGCUGUCAAACACUUAGAUCAGAUGAUAAAGUGAUUUUCAGUCUUACACACACACACUUAUAUUAUUGCUAUUGUGGAAUGAGGCAAGAGGGUGAAACAAGUUGGAUGAUGAUAGCUGAAUGUUCCCUUCAAGGUUUGCAUAUGUUUUAAAUUCCUAUUUAAAUUGUAAUGUCUUAAGAAAACCACCCUUGGCACAUUUUGAUCUCUUGUUACUUUGUUAUGGAUUGGCAGAUAGAGCAAGAAAUUCUGAACCAGCAAAAGAGUGGGUUGUGACAAGGCAUGAAGUAGGCUAGACUGUUUUGGAGCUUAGAUUCUCCGCUUUCUGUAAUGAACAUUGAAGUGCAGUUCUAUUUGAACAUUCUUGAAUAGCAGCCUAAUAAAGUGAAGAAUUAGGCUGUUGCUGCCCUGUUAUUGACUCAGUUAAUGGUACUGGGCAAGCAGUUAUCAUGCUUGUUGCAAGUAAUGCCUGCCUGCUUACCUGUCUCACAUUGGUGUUGCCGAGGAUUGACUGAUUUUUGUAACGUGCUAUAUAAAUGCUAAGUAUUAUUGUGGCAACAUGUAUCCCAGCAUUAGCCCCUGAAGAACCAUAACAUUGUGCGUGCACAAUGCGGGAAAUGAUGGCAGGCAGAGGCAGUGGAAGAACAAGUGUCCCCAUGGGCAGAAUUUGGUGAACCCUAUAAAGCUCGUGCUCCUGAGCAUAAAGAAGUUGAACAAGAUUUAAAUCCAUUAAAAUGACAGUAAUUAAAGGUGGGCUUUGGGGGAAUCUGGGGUAGAUAAGGUCAGAUGAAUAUUUUUAAUACAAAUGUUUAACUUUUAACUGAUAGAAAUGUAAUUAUUUGAUUGAAGCAGCUAGGGGAACGAGGUUAUAUAAACAUUGCUAAUCAGACAAUUCAACAAUGGUUUUCUAAAAUGAUGUACUUAAAACUGUAAAACAGAUUUUAUCUCUAGAAAUAAAUAUAAAUCAAAAUAUAAA